AUGGCCUCCAACUACAAGAUGAAAGGGUUCUUCAAGGGCUUCAAGAUCAUCUCCCAGAUCUUCGCGGCCAAGGAGCAGGAGAUGGUGAUCGGCCGGCCGACGGACGUGAAGCACGUCGCGCACAUCGGCUGGAGCAGCUCCACGCCGGGGACGCUCACGGGGAAUGCUUCUCCAAGCUGGAUGAAUGUCAUCGAGGGAUCAUCUGAUUUCUCGUCUCUGGGCUACUUCGCGCCAUCAGCGGGGACCUCCUGGACUUCUCAAGACUUCGACCAGCAGCACCAACUCCCACGAGACAUGUUGCCUCUCGGGAUAGCUUCAGAGAUCACCAGGGAAGACGUGGCAGCAGCUCCGUGCCCUGAUGUUCCACGCCCGCCACCGAGAAAGACAAGGCGAAAGAAGAAAACAACGAUUGGCUCUCUGGUGAAUUCGUCAAUGCCAAAUGAUUCAUCUGCAUCAGCCUCGACGGCAGCAACAACCGUCGUUGCCGAUUCCAUUGACACCAAUGGCGUGAUGUGGUGA